UGGUGGAAGGGGUUCUAGAACGCGAUGUAACAGUGCAGGGUGGUUCCUGCAGUCCUGUGCGGAGUGGGCAGAGCUGCUCCCGGAAGUAUUGACAAUGGCAGCAGCGCACUCUGUUUUUGCCUUUGCUGUCUGUUUUCUAAUGAUAUCUGAAUUCAUACUGGCAAAGAAGGAUUAUUAUGAAAUUUUGGGGGUGCCAAAAAAUUCAUCUGACCGUCAGAUUAAGAAAGCUUUUCACAAGCUUGCAAUGAAAUACCAUCCAGAUAAAAAUAAAAGUCCGGAUGCAGAGACGAAGUUCAGAGAAAUUGCUGAAGCAUAUGAAGUCCUUUCGGAUGAGAAGAAGAGGAAAGAAUAUGAUCACAUGGGUCAUCAGUUUUUUAAUGCAGGCAAUGGUGGCCAUCGUGCCCAUUCUUUCAAUUUCAACUUUGAUGACUUCCUUAAAGAUUUUGACUUUGACUUGGGCCACAGAACACAUCACAAAAAACAUUUUGAUAGUCACUUUAGGGCACACCAGGAGGGACACAAUGCACACAAAUUUGCCUUUGGAGAUAGACAAUUUCCUUUUGGAGGUGGAUUGUUCGAUGAUGUAUUUGAAGACAUGGAAAAGAUGUUCUCAUUCAGCAGUUUUGGCAGCACUCACAAACACACAGUGAGAACUGAGAAGUUCCAAAACUCCGGCAAGCAGCACUGCAAGACUGUUACACAGCGCAGAGGAAACAUGGUGACCACGUACACAGACUGUUCAGUGCCAUAAACUUGCUAAUUGUAUACGAAUAUGUCAGCAUGGUUUACUUGGCAUCUUUGUCAUGGCCUGUUCCCAGGCAGAAGUGUCAAGAAAGGCAAAAUGAGUUGAGUUGCACAAAAAAAUAAUGCUUUCCUGUCAGUCUUUGUAAACCUUCCAGACUUCUUGGGUGCAAUGGGCUAAUUUCAGCUAGAAACUGUAUUUAGCCUUUACAGUCACCAUUUUCUAGCUUAGUAAUUUCAAGCAUAUAUUUAAUAAAUACAAAACAAUAGUAAUGAUCUAUGAGCUAGCACAGGAGGUAAAGCAACAGGUUUGAAUGGAAAAAUGGUGAAACAGGUUAUUCUGUAACAUGUUAUGCUUUACGCAAUUUAUGCAAUUGUUUAGUCCUAAUGUUCAAAAUUGUUUAAUUUUAUUUGAAGACAGAUCUUGCAUCUUGUCAUGGCUAGUGAAGGCAGAGUGCUGUACUCAGCUAAUCUUACUUGAUUAUAUAUCAAUUUCCUUAAUACAAUUUCUACACGGCAUCCUACAAUCCUUUAUAAUUCCGUUUUAACAGUCUCAGUAAUAAACCCAUGCCUUAUUUAUUGCUUUGGUUUCUCUGUUUAGCUGUCUUUAUGGUUGAAUAAGAUUUUAGCUUGUGUUAUUCUGAUAUUUUGAACUUUGGUUUAAAAGAAGGUUGUGAAAAGCAGUUUGAGGAUUGGCUCUAAAUUUGAACCUGAAUUGUAACAUUGUAUAUUUUGUGUUGGUAUGGAGAUUCUCGAAACUUAAUUAAAGUUUUUUAACUUCAGUGUAGAUAUUGAGAUAUAUAGUUGAAGGUAAACAUUUAAGAGCUUAAUUCCUGCAAAAUUUAUCAAAAUGCAGUGUGCAUAAUUCUAUUUGGUGCUAAAUAAGUUUGCUUUUUUAAAUUUAGUUCGAACUAAAUUCAAAGUACUAUCUCUUAUAAUUACAAAAGAAUUUAAGUUUUUUUUUAAAUACAUUUGAAAUAUGAUAAAUGAGAAGCACCAGACCUUUGUUCUUUUUGGACUUCUGUAACACUCAGCAGCUAACAUUGAAAGGCUAACAGAGUUAAAUGCUUUCUAAAUGAUAAUGAUUAAUUAUUCUCCACUUACCUAUACCCUAGGUAUUCCACAAACUUGUAUCUUUCAAUAUUCCACACGAUUCGUUUUCCGUUAUAUUCUGAUCACUUGUUUAUCUUGCCGUAUGUGUCUCUACUAUCUUUUGAUUAUUGUAGAGUUUGUAAGAUCUAAUUACCUCAUUUCAUUGUCUUCAAAUUGCAGGUAAAGCACUGCGUACUGUCAUGUGUGCAAUAUUAUUAUACAGACUUGUUUUUGCAUUGCGGAUGUGUAGACUCCGUUAGUUUAUUAAAAUUUGUGAAACCUGUGUCCAGAAUGUCUUGCACUUUUCCAAAAAGCAUUUGUUAAAUAAAUUCAGUUGCUAAAACCUCA